CAAAAGCGUUAACAGCCCGCUCCCGCUCGCCUCCAUUUCCUGCGCAGCUUCUCUUUUUCCUUCUCCCGGAGCCGGAGUCCAAAGUCGGAGCCAAGUGCCGAUGGCUUGGCGCGCUGCUGCGGCGGCUCAGCUCCUGCUCGGGCACCUCAGCCUCUUCCCACUGCGGUUCCCGGGUACGGAUGCCCAGGCGGGUCAGGGCUUCGAGCUGCAGCAACCCCAGCCCAAGGUGUCGGUGACAGUGGGGGAGACGCUCACCCUGACCUGCACCACGUCCGGAGACGGUCCCCUUGGCCCUGUGAAGUGGCUGAAGGGCUGGGGCAGUGGGAACGAGACCGUUUAUGACCAGACGGGCUCCUUCCCCCGCGUGACGAGGGCAGUGAGUGGGUCCAACACAGACUUCAGCAUCCACAUCAGGGAUGUUCGCCCCGAGGAUGUCGGCACCUAUUACUGCGUGAAGUUCCGCAAAGCGCUGGGCGGUGUUGAUGAGGUGUUUCGGCGUGGAAAGGGCACGGUGGUGUCCCUGCGCGACACAGCCCUGGUUCCCGGCAUGGUGGCUGCAGCUGUAGGACUCUGCUUCCUCCUCCUCCUCAGCCUCUUUAUUGCCCUUUGCAUGCGCAGGAGGAAGCGCAGAGGUGAGGCGGAGAGCCAGUGCCUGGCCGGGCCGGUGGCCAUGGGCAGCUUCUCGCCCAUCCCUCUGCGGUGCUGUGCAGGGACCCCCGGCACUCCCAGCGAAGUCCCGGAUGCAGAGUCCUCCCAUCUGCCCAGCCAGCAAAGCAGCAAGGAGGACAAUGACAUCCACUACGCCGAUCUCCAGCCCCUGCCCGCGGCCCCGUGGCACGGCAGGAGCCCCGGCACAGCCUGCUCUGAGUAUGCCAGUGUCAGGGUAGCUGCCAAGUGACGUGUGGCACCGCAGCCUGCAAGGCCGAAGAACCCAUCUCGGCGGAGGAAGCAGAGACAUUUCUGCAGGGCACAAUAAAGAAGUGGAUCUGUUUGCGUGGCACACCCCGGUCCAAGCUCGGCACGCUGUGCUCAGAGCUGGCAAAGCUCCCCUAAUUCAUUCCCGUCUCAGCGGCAGUGCCGGGUGAGGCUCAGGGCUGGACCCGCUGUGCUCUGGAACGCAGGAUCAGGCCACGAGGCUGAGCACCUCUGCCUUGUGCAAGCUGUUCAGUGCCGAUUGCAACAGGAGGACUUCACGCACGCCUGUCUCCACCAGCACGGGCCACCACCAGCACUUUCCUGGCUCAGCCAGUCCAUAAUUUGUGUUAUCUUGUCACCACACUAAGCCCAUCCUCAUUAAAGCCAGCAAACAGC